AUGGUCCUAGACGAAUCAUCAAGAAAGAUCAUCGGGCUGGUCAUUGGUCGUUGCGAAGAGAAGGCUGAGGCAUUGCGUGACAUCUUCCAGGAAGUGGAAAAGCGCAAAAACGAGGCGAAUGAUCGGCCAGCCCACGAUAUCUUCCUCGCCAUGUCAUCUAUCCUCAAGACCCUCCACACCUCGCCAUAUCUGGAUCGAAAGAAUAGGAAUCCAGAUAGGGUCUUGGGGACGUGCGAGUGGUUCGUCAAUCACCAGCUUUUUCGAAAAUGGCAAGAGAGCAGCUCGUCCAGCAUGCUCUGGGUCUCCGCAGAUCCUGGGUGCGGGAAAUCCGUCUUAGCAAGGCAUCUGGUAGACUCUGAGCUUCGGACUACCACAUCCAGAACUACCUGCUAUUUCUUCUUCAAGGACGACAUCGAUGAUCAGAGAAGCGCGAAAAGCGCCCUUUGCUGCAUCUUACACCAACUCUUUACGCAAAGAGAGAUCCUCUUCUCCAGUGAGAUCGUUAAGCGGCUCGAAACCCGUGAAAUACACUUUACCGACUCGUUUGACGAACUCUGGGAGGUCCUUAUUAUGGCUUCACAGGACAAGAAUGCUGGCGAGAUAGUCUAUAUUCUUGACGCCUUUGACGAAUGUGAAGACCAAGAACAUUCUAUGCUCGCCCAAGCCCUGUGCAAACUAUAUCGAACCGAGAAGGCCUUUAACCUGAAGUUUCUCAUUAUAAGUCAGCCCCAUGGCACUAUCCGACGGGGUUUCCAGCCUCUCGAUAUGCCAGGGUUACCUCUUGUCCAUUUAAGUGGGGAAAGCGAAGUUGAGACGGACAAGAUUGCCCGAGAGAUCGAUAUCUAUAUACGCGCAAGGGUCCAGAGCAUCCGAGACCGUCUGACUCUUAGUCUAGAAGAUGAACAGCUGCUCUUACAAGGGCUUCUGCGUACCCCAAACCGGACGUAUCUGUGGGUUUAUCUCACCAUGGAUUUAGUCCAGGAUGACAUUGGCAUCAAUAAACUUGGGAUACGCAAGGCCGUUUCCUCCCUUCCGCCAACCGUCGACCACGCAUACGAGGGUAUCCUGAACAAGAGUCAUAAUCCCGAAGAAGCCAAGAAACUACUACAUGUUGUCGUCGGGGCAGCACGGCCUUUGGCUCUAGCGGAAAUGGCCGUAGCGCUGGCUCUCCAACCAGACCACCAGUCGUAUGAAGACCUAGACCCCAAAGCUGAUAAGCGCUUCCGUGAAUAUGUGAGAGACCUCUGCGGCCUCUUUAUCACCAUUAUCGACUCCAAAAUAUACCUCCUUCACCAGACCGCGAGAGAAUUCCUUGUCCAGGAUGACCCUUCAAAAGGGGUCCACCCGGAAAAGGCUCGUUUGGGAGAAGCCCGACCGAAAAGUAAUGACGAUGAACUAAGGUGGAAAUCCUCACUCCAGCCACGGGAGUCCCAUCGCAUUCUUUGCCAGAUCUGUGUUUGGCAUCUGCUCUUUACUGAGUUCGAGACCCACUCUCUGGAUGAGAACGAGAUAUUAUCUCAAUACCUUGAUCACGUCUUUCUUCACUACUCUGCUAAAAACUGGGCUUAUCACUCCCGCGCGUCUAGCAUCGAGGAUGAUGACGCAAUUACGGACUCACUGCUAGCGAUUUGCGAUGCGCGGACAAGACGUUGUCUAACUUGGUUUAGAAUCUACUGGGCAGACACAAAGGCAGAUUUCCCUCAGAACUUCACAAUCCUCAUGAUUGCUUCUUAUUUUGGACUAGAGCGGGUUGUGGAACUGCUGCUUAAGAGAGAUGAUGUCGAAGUAAACUCCCUUAACGGCACAUAUCGGCGCUCAGCGCUCUCUUGGGCUUCAGAGAAUAGAUUUAACGGCGUUAUCAGCAUUUGGAAAGGCACGGAUGUCGACGUGGGAGAUAGAUACGGUCGAACACCUCCAUCAUAUGCUGCUUGGAAUGGACACAUGGCCACCACCAAGCGGCUUGUUAAGGCAAAAGCCCGCGUCGAUUCAGUGGACGAAAUUGGGAGAACGCCAAUAUCCUACGCCCUUUGCAGAGCCCGGGCCGGCUCAGUGGAGGUGAUUAGUCGGGAAUUACUUACUUCCGCUGUCGGGAAAGGCCAUAAGACUAUCGUUGAACGGCUGCCUGAAAAAGCGGCAAAUAUGGAGGCGGCGGGUGACGAUGGCCAGACAGUACUAUGGUUAGCUGCCGAGAGCGGGCACGAGGCCGUCGUGCGGCUACUCCUCGAGAAAGGAGCGAAUAUAGAGGCGAGUGCUUACUAUGGCCGGACAGUACUAUGGUCAGCUGCCGAGAGCGGGCACGAGGUUGUCGUGCGGCUACUCCUUGAGAAAGGGGCGAAUAUUGAGGCGAGGGGUGACGAUGGCCGGACAGCACUAUGGUCAGCUGCCGAAAGCGGGCACGAGGCCGUCGUACGGCUACUUAUUACAAACCACUCGACUGUUAGGGUCGUCUGUCUGUAA